AUGUUCAACCCGAUUAAUACUUUCCCAAGUCGAGUCCUCCCUGCGGGAUUCCACUGCCACGACACAUUUGCCUUCCUGUCGACGUCGAACGCAGAACUACCUCCGGCAGCUACCUCUAGCUUCCCAACGCCAACUACUGCAGAUAUCGUCAAUUUUGACAAUAGCGGUCGUCAAAUCUUUUCAGCUCCCACGACCAAUGCUGAGCAUAGCUCAUCCAUCUCGUUCCCAGAUUUUACACCCAAGUUUGAUCGCAUUCUUCCUACCUCCGGCUUCUCGACACCGACUACUUCUGAGAUCAUCAACUUUGACCGUUCCGGUCAUCAGAAUUUGACAGAUUAUACGCCCAGCAUUUAUCGUACCUCUUCUUUCUCCUUGUCAGCUUCUUUUACGUUGGUCGACUCGAUGCCGCGCGAGCGAUCUUCUCCAGUUGACAAUGACUCCGAUGCUCAGGCUGCACCGAGGCGUGUCAAGGCUGAGAAAAUGAAGGCUGUAAAGAUCAAGAGAGAAAAAGAGCCAGCUGGAGCUUUCACAUUCUCUCUUACUCCUGAAGAAAAGACGCAGACUUCUUACAGUUCAGCUGAAACUCUCCAGUUUUCGUCCGUGAAGCGAGCUUUCACUAUUGAGGAUGACACCGGUACCCAGGGUGCAGCGAAGCGUGUUAAGAAAAGUCGAGCUCCAGUAUACAGUUCUCCUCCACUUGGUCCAUAUCACAGUUCAACUGAAAUACUGCGCGCUGCAUCCGGCCGUAAGAAGCGCAACGCUCCUGAAGUCGAUACCGAGAUCAAAGAUGAGGAUGGUGAAGACAUUUUCUACAGCCUCCGCUCCGAACUACCAAAGGCACAGCAGACCCCUGAUUCAAAGAAAGAAAACCUGAAGCUUAGCAGUUCGACGUCGUCAUACCUUACCUCCAGAAGGUCCAGAGAUUUCUCUGAACAGGAUUAUCAUGUCAAUGAUCCUUCUAUCUACAGCGGCUCGAGCUCGGGAGAAGAAAAUGAAAAUCCAUUUCUUGACCGUGAGGAUCUUGAGGAUAUUCUCACCCGAGAAAAAGCCCGUCGGUUGGCUACAGCCGUGAAAGUCCCGGAUGAUAGCAACAUGUCGGAGGAAGAAACAAACUUGUAUCUCGGUCUAGCCCUUCGCGGAAUCAAGCCAGUCAUGUCUUUCACCUGGUCAAAAGAUUUUAACACACUACCUGAAUCGUUAUUUGCUGUUCCAGAUAACAGUGACUAUCAGGAAGAGAGGUUGCCUUUCCACACUCACAAGGGCACCGAUUUUGCGGCAAUUCGAGCCUUUCGAGAGCUUCUUGAGGUUGGUGGUUUCGUCCGAGAUUGCAGACUGCUCACUUUAGAGCCUCAAGUGGUAAUCCGAAGGUCCGUUAAGAAAUACGUUCGAUGGGCGAUUAGUGAUGCAGCUUUGAGAGUCACGUCGAAGUCACUUCCUGUCCAUGUCAUCUACACACAGAAGUCAGACCAGAUGGCCCUUUCUGCAGUCCACGGACUCUCUAAAAAGAUGGAGUCCCUAGCUAACCGUCAUCGGCAACUACAUACUGAGUCAUACAAGGGCAAGUUGUUAAGGGGUGCGAAGCGCCUAGCUAGCCGCGCUCGGUCAAAAGAGCUUGAACCCUUGCAGUACUGGCCUACACUUGUUGGUUUCCUCAUUUGCGGGCCUAUCUUGAGCAUCGUGUCCCUUGAUACAAAUCCUAAUUCCGUCACUUGGAUCAAAGACUCAGAAUCUCGAGUGAAAUAUCUCGGUCAGUUUGACAUGUCGGAGGUGGAUCAGGAUGUCUGGAAUUCACUCGCGAUUGCAAUUGCGGUAAUCAGUAUGAGGAAAACCAUGUCAAGCCUGGCCGAUACUUAUGAGGGGCCCCUCAUUCCUCGCCUUCGCCGUCAUGGUGAUGAUACUGAUGAUGAUGACUUGUAA